CAUUUCAUUUCAUUUCAUUUACUCGUUUUCAUCCAAACCUUUCUUCUCUUCAAAUAACUUCUCCUAAUACCACCACUACCACCCAAUCCAAACUCACUUCUCCAACUCUACUUCUUAUUAUUAUUAUCAAAUAUUAAAAAUAAAACCAAUAACUGCUCAUCAUCAUCAUCAUCAUCAAAGUGAGCUCCAAAAUUCAGAUAUGUAUUAUUAUUAUUAUUAUUAAAAAUAAAUAAUAAUAAUAAAUAAUUAUAAUAAUUCAGCAAAGCAAACCACCAAUCCCAUAUCAUCAUCAUCUUUCUUUCUCUCUCUCUUUCUUCUCUGCCGCCGUUUUCUCUCUCUAAACCCAUUUCCGUUGUAUGAAUGACGGACUACAGAAUACAAUCCACCAUGAAUCUCUGGACUGACGACAACGCUUCCAUGAUGGAAGCUUUCAUGAGUUCUUCAGAUCUUUCUUCUUUAUGGGCUGCUGCUACACCCACCACCACCACCACCACCUCAACCCAACCCCUUCAACCCCUUCACUCCGCCGCUUCCACUUCCGCCGCCCCUCAACAACAACAACAACCUCCUCCUCUUCCCCCUCCUCCUCCUCCUCAGGUUGCGCCUUUUAACCAGGAGACUCUUCAGCAACGACUCCAGGCUUUGAUUGAAGGAGCACGGGAGAGCUGGACUUACGCGAUUUUCUGGCAGUCUUCGUAUGAUUAUUCUGGUGCUUCUGUUCUUGGUUGGGGUGAUGGGUAUUACAAGGGUGAAGAAGAUAAAGGGAGAGGUAAGGCUAAGGCGUCUUACUCUUCUCCUGCUGAACAGGAGCACCGGAAAAAAGUCCUUCGUGAGCUUAAUUCUUUGAUUUCUGGAUCCGCUCCGGCGCCGGAUGAGGCUGUUGAUGAGGAAGUUACUGAUACGGAGUGGUUCUUUUUGGUUUCGAUGACUCAGUCGUUCGUUAAUGGCGGCGGGUUACCUGGUCAGGCGUUUUUCAAUUCAAACCCUGUUUGGGUUACGGGAAGAGAUAACCUAACCUCUUCGACAUGUGAGAGGGCUCGACAAGGUCAGAUCUUUGGGUUACAGACGAUAGUUUGUAUUCCUUCUGAGAAUGGUGUUGUGGAAUUAGGGUCUACAGAAGUCAUCUUCCAGAGCUCGGAUCUGAUGAACAAGGUUAGAUUCUUGUUUAAUUUCAGUAAUCUUGAAGUUGGUUCUUGUCUUUUAAGCGGUGGUGGAGCUCCUGAUCAAGGAGAAAACGAUCCUUCGUUUUGGCUUAAUGACCCAACUUCUACCACCGUCGAAGUAAAAGAUUCUGUAACCACCGGAGCAGCUCCGUCGGCUUCGGUUCCGAGCUCAACAAACCAGCAACAGACUUCUAAAUCAACUGUCCAGUUCGAAAACCCUAGCUCUAGUAGCUUGACCGACAAUCCCAGCACGAUUCAGAGACAACAACAAGCACAGACUACCCAAAGCUUUUUCACCAAAGAAUUGAAUUUCUCUGAUUAUGGAUUUGAUGGGAACAGUGUCAAGAACAACGGAAAUUCUCAUUCCUUGAAGCCUGAAUCAGGGGAGAUAUUGAAUUUUGGGGAAAGUAAGAGGAGUUCUUACAGUGCUAAUGGGAAUUUGUUUUCUGGGCAAUCCCAAUUCGCAGCAGAAGAAAACAACAACAACAUCAACAACACCACUACUAAUGGUACUAAUAAGAAGAAGAAAUCUCCAACUUCAAGGGGAAGUAAUAACGAAGAAGGGAUGUUAUCUUUUACUUCUGGGGUUGUUUUACCAUCCAGUGGUGUCAUAAAAUCGAGCGGUGGAACAGGUGAUUCUGACCACUCUGAUCUUGAAGCUUCGGUGGUUAGAGAAGCUGACAGUAGCAGAGUAGUAGAGCCAGAGAAAAGGCCCAGAAAGAGAGGUAGAAAGCCAGCUAAUGGAAGAGAAGAGCCAUUGAAUCAUGUUGAAGCUGAAAGACAGAGAAGAGAGAAGCUUAACCAGAGGUUUUAUGCUCUUAGAGCUGUUGUUCCCAACGUUUCAAAGAUGGACAAAGCUUCCCUACUCGGCGACGCGAUUUCUUACAUCAACGAGCUCAAAUCGAAGCUUCAAACUACAGAAACAGACAAGGAGGAUCUCCAGAAACAAAUGGAUUCUAUGAAAAGGGAAUUAGCUAGCAAAGAUUCGCGUUCUUCGUCAGCUGAUCAAGACCUUUCGAUGGUGUCUAACCUUGGUGGUGGAAGCAAGCUUAUAGAUUUGGAUAUAGACGUGAAAAUCAUAGGUUGGGAUGCCAUGAUUAGGAUUCAAUGUAGUAAGAAGAACCACCCAGCUGCAAGGGUAAUGGCAGCUCUAAUGGAGCUAGACUUGGAUGUUCACCAUGCCAGUGUCUCAGUAGUUAACGAUUUGAUGAUCCAACAAGCAACAGUGAAAAUGGGGAGUCGGUUUUACACGCAGGAACAGCUCAGGGUAGCCUUAACAUCCAAAGUUGGCGGCGAUACCCGAUAGGUUAAAGAAUUGGGUAGGAAAAGAGUUCAUCAAGUAAGUAGUAGAGCUCUUUGUUGGGACAUUUUAAGGCUCCCCACUAAAGCUGCAACCUUUGUUAAAGAAAAUGCAGAAAAAAAACCUUUCUUUUUUCUUGUUGUUGGUUAGUCUUAUGUUUUAGUUAAAAAAAAAGGUCGAGUUUUGAGAGGAGCUGAGCUCAUUCGACUAGUUUCCAGAUUCUUUUCCAGCUCCCAUCAAGCCAAACUAGCUUCUUCUUCUUCUUCUUCUUCUUCUUUUUCUUCUUUUAGUGUAAUCUUAUGAUGGUUUUUCCUUUGUAUAUAUAUGUCAUAAAAUUUGAACAUGCUUCAAGGCAUUGUGCAUGUAUGUAAUUGAGUUACAAUCUAUCUAUAUAUAUUUAUAUAUAUUUAUUAUGAAA